ACCCUUAACCCAUUAGAUCGCCAGAUUAGUCAAAUCUGAAAAAAAAUAAAAAAAUCGCCAGGUUAGGGUUCGCACUGUCAAACAUCUCGCCACCGCCUGCUCCUCACUGCUCCAUAGCCACCAUUGCCGGGGACGGUUCCCUUCUCCGGGAUCAUCGUCGGGCAACAAACGGAACUGAGAAAUAUAUUAAUAGAUUCAAAGAGAUUUCUGGUUUGUUAUUUGGAUCUCUUUCGUCAAAGUAUUGGUUUCCUUUAUAAUUUUCUCCAAUCCCAAUCGGAACUCGGAAAAUAACCAAUCUCCCGAAGCGAACAGAAAUGUCUCAAAUUGUUCCUUGUCAAUCUUCACCCGAGCCUUCGUCCUCUCUUCCUUUUAGAACGUUCUAGGGCUCCCAAAGGCGUAUCUGCAUUUUUUCGGAUGAUGCAACGCACGAUUCAGUUACAGAUUGAUGCUCUCUUCAUUACAAGUGUUACUGAGGUAUAAGUCGUUGUCAAUGUUGCUACUUCUUUCAGGAAACUGUACAAAGAGACUGGGAGAGUAGAUCGAGUCGAGCAUGCCAUUGGAGCUUCGAAGGAGCCAUUUUAGAUAAACGGGUCAGAACAAAUCUCUCAUUUGAAUUAAGUUGGUUUAUUUUGUUGCAGGCAUUGUUGUCAUUAGAAAUAAAAUUUGGGAGAAGUUAUUAUCUGGAACAGUUUUUUGCUUGCCUAGAUCCUUUAUCAUUGUUUUGGUCGACCGGUUGGGCCUCAAGUUUUGAUCAACAGUGGCGUGUCAUUGACAAAUAAUGAAGUUCAGUACAAAUAUCAGCAGUUUUAAUGUAUUCACAUGCCAUAACUUCCGAUGGUUCUCUACCUUGCCUUCUAAACCGCCACCAUCACUUCCAUGGAUCUCCCCACUUCUGUUCCUCAAGACCACCCCUUCAAAACCAGACCCUCCUACCAAAACCCCUAGCACUUCAGAAAAACAUAAGAGAAAACCCAAAUACAUCUCUCAUGAGUAUGCGAUCAGCUUGAUAAAACGGGAGAGGGAUCCACAGCGUGCCCUGGAGAUUUUCAACAAGGUGUCAGAUCAAAAUGGUUUUAAUCACAACAGCCCUACCUAUUCAGUUAUUCUUGAUAAGCUUGCUCGGUCCAAGAAAUUUCAGGCGGUUGAUGCGGUUCUUCAUCAGAUGACAUAUGAAACCUGCAAAUUUCACGAAGGCAUAUUCCUUAUCCUCAUGAAACAUUUCUCAAAAUCCUCUCUGCAUGAAAGAGUUCUUGAUAUGUUCUAUGCGAUCCCGAAAAUUGUUCAGCAAAAGCCAUCCCUUAAAGCCAUCAGCACCUGCCUCAAUCUCCUGGUUGAUUCAAACCAGGUUGAUCUGGUAAGGAGAUGCCUAGUGAAUUUGAAAAAGAAUCUUAAUUUGGAGCCUAACACCUGUAUUUUCAAUAUAUUUGUUAAAUAUCACUGCAAGAAUGGGGAUCUUGACUCUGCAUUUCAAGUGGUGGAAGAGAUGAAGAAGUCUAAAACUUCUUACCCUAACUUGAUCACGUAUUCUACUCUGAUGUCUGGUCUCUGCGAAAGUGGAAGACUCGAGGAUGCUAUUAAUCUGUUUGAGGAAAUGGUCUCAAAAGACCAGAUCUUGCCUGAUGCUUUAACUUACAACGUUUUGAUCAAUGGGUUUUGCCGAAUGGGAAAAGUUGAUCGGGCAAAGAAAAUAAUGGAAUUCAUGAAGAAAAAUGGUUGUAACCCUAAUUUAUUCAAUUACUCAGCUUUGAUGAAUGGGCUUUGCAAGGAAGGAAAACUGGAGGAGGCCAAGGAGAUUUUGCGUGAGAUGAAGUGCAUUGGUCUAAAACCUGAUGCAGUUAAUUAUACCACUUUGAUUGAUAGCUUUUGUAGGGCGGGAAGAAUCCGUGAUGCUAUGGAGUUGCUUGAAGAGAUGAAAGAAAAAGACUGCAGAGCUGAUACUGUUGUCUUGAAUGUGGUUCUUGGAGGGUUGUGCAGACAUGGCAUGAUUGAGGAGGCUCUUCAGAUGCUUUAUAAGCUACCUAGUGAGGGUGUUUACCUGAACAAUGGAAGUUAUAGGAUUGUGUUGAAUUUUUUGUGUAAGGAAGGGGAUUUAGGGAAAGCAAUUGAGUUAUUGUGUUUCAUGCUGAGAAGGGGUUUCAUACCUCAUUUUGCGACUUCAAAUGAGCUACUAAUUCGUCUUUGUGAGGCUGGCAAGGCAGCUGAUGCUGUUAUGGCAUUAUGUGGAUUGGCAGAGAUGGGAUUCAAACCAGAACCCAAUUCAUGGAGUGCUUUGAUUGAGUUGAUAUGCAGAGACAGAAAGUUAUUACCGGCAUUCAAGUUGGUGGAUGAGUUAUCUCUAGCACAAUUGUGAAUUAUCUUGAUUUACUCUAGAUAAACAACAGCGACUUUAGCUAUUCCCUCCAAGUGGAAUUGCUGCUAAACCCUUUUCAGUUAGAGUUCAAUCCAAUAAUGGCAGACUUAAUGUGGAAGAAGAGGCAUGAAACAAUAUCGGACAAAGCGUGGUGACGGUGACGCAAUUGUUGGCUGUGACCUGUUUAUCCCUUCUAGCAAAAUGGAGGAGACCGAGGUUCCUUUGUGUCUAGACUAUCAGGUGGUUGAGUCGCAAUAAGUGUUUGAAGCUAGAACCCUAAGGAGGAUGGAGGAAUUGACUUCUUGGAGUUCAGGCCCCCUGAGGUUGAUGCAGUUGCCAAUAUCUGUCUUGGGAGAAACUCAAGCGGUAGGCAUUGACAAAACAUUUCCACUGAUUGAACGCGUAGAGAAGGUAAAUUUGUUUGGUACAAAAACCUAGAGAUGGAUAUUAACAAUGAUUUAUGAAUUUUUCUGCGUCAUAUUUGGUUGAUUAGGUCAGAUAUAAAUAAAAUUUCAAUUGACGAAUCAAAUGCUCGGGUGUAUUGAAAUUAUUAAGAGGCUCAUUGACUAGUGGCUCUGCAAAAGUUGUAAGUUCCACGGUCCAAUUUAUGCCCCCAAGUCCAAUUGGUGCGCUGGAUGCCGCAUGCUUGAAACUUGAAAUAGAUGAAACCACAGUUGGGUCAUCUGCAAAUUCUUCUCGUAAUGGCCCUGGAACUAGGAGAAGGAAACUUUGACACAGCCUGUGAAGUGGAUUGGUUAUUCAGAUAUUCUUCACCCAGACCCAAGAUCUGUUUGGCAUGCUAUGAAAAGGGAAACAAAAAUUGGUAAAAUAGACGAGAAAGAUAUGAAUUUGCCCAAUUCAUGCUGAAGAGAUUGUUUGUAAGGACCCAAGCUGUGGUUACGGGGAAGUUAGAGGAUUAAGAUUACCCAUUUGUUGUGUGGUUUGAACUCUGCCACAUCUCUGAUUCCCCUUUUGCACUUUGCCGCGGAAAUGGGGCUUUGGUUCCUAAGUUUGGAAGACGAAAUGCGUAUCAAGAAACAACCACUGUAUGGGUUUGGUGAUGGCUCCUUUUUUCUUUUUGGAAAUAAAAUGUAAAGAAACCAUAUAAAUUGAUCCAUUUUUGCUUAUUUAUCUUCCCCAUUAUUGUACUGGGUUGGUGGUUUUGUUCUCCCAGAACCAGAAGUAAUUAAAAUAUAUACAAUCAUGAAUUAUCCUCUUUGAUUG